AUGGAGGGCCAUGAAGCUGAGAAACUCUAUGGAAUACCUAGUUCAAGCUCAACCCAGCAUCCCCAGUUUGCUUCUGCAACAGAGAAACCCAUUCUGAACAUGGAAACAGUGGAAGAGUACCAUGUUUUGGCUCAUUUGGAUCAAUUUCAAAGCUCACAUUACAUUCCACUUUACUACUCACAAGUUCAUCACCUUCCUAGUAGUCUGAAUCAAAUCCAACGGCACAAAUCCUCUCCAGAUGCAUCCCUUCACAGUAACAACAAUGAAGUAAAAGCCAUUGUUGAUGAUCAGAAGAGAAGAAGAAUGCUUUCUAACAGAGAAUCUGCGCGCAAAUCGCGAAUACGGAAGAAGCAACAAAUAGAAUCCCUUCAGUUUCGUGUAAAUGAUCUGCAAACUAUGAAUGAUCAACUCUCUCGAAAGAUCAUCGGCUUACUGGAAUGUAAUCAGCAAAUGCUCCAGCAGAAUGUUCAGCUUAAGGAGAAGGUUUCCUCUCUGCAAGAAGCCCUCUCCGAAUUGCUAAUCCCCAAUGGCCCUGUAGCCGAGGUUUCGCAGGCAUAG